CAGGCAGCACACUAGGUUUUGAGUCACAGCCGCGUGUGCAUACACCCACCCCGCCUCUCUCCAGCUGAUGCCCGCGCCCUGUCAAUCUCUAUCCCAGCAGAGAGAGAGAGGACGGGGGGAAUCCGAACCAGAGCGGGUCCGCGGGGGGAAGAGGCGCAUGAAAACAUCCAUGGGUGGCUGUGUGGGCAGUCAUCAUGAUUCUUCAGGCAGUUUAAACGAAAACUCGGACGGAACCGGAGUUGCACUGGGCCGAAACCAGCCCCUGAAGAGAGAGAAGCCCAAAUGGAAGAGCGACUACCCAAUGACCGAUGGCCAGCUGCGCAGUAAGCGUGAUGAAUUCUGGGACACGGCACCGGCUUUUGAAGGUCGCAAGGAAAUCUGGGAUGCACUUAAGGCGGCUGCCCAAGCCUUCGAGAGCAACGACCACGAACUUGCUCAAGCCAUCAUUGAUGGCGCCAGCAUAACGUUACCACACGGCGCUCUGACUGAGUGCUAUGAUGAGCUGGGGAACCGCUACCAGCUGCCCGUCUACUGCCUCUCCCCUCCCGUCAACAUGAUCGAGGAAAAGAGCGAGUCGGAGACUAUUGAGGUCCCAGAAGCUCCAGCUUGCGAGGGCCAGGAGUGCCAGUUGCGUCUCCGUCUAUCCACGGGCCGGGAUCUACGCCUGGCUGUCCGCACCAGCGACAGCGUCCAGCAGAUGAAGCGGCGUCUGCAGACCCAGGAGGGGGUGGCGUCCACCAGCCAGCGCUGGUUCUUUUCAGGCCGACCGCUCACCGACAAGAUGAAGCUGGAAGAGCUGAAGAUCUCCAGAGACUAUGUCGUUCAGGUGAUCGUCAGCCAGCCUCCCGCAACCCCACCACUGCCCCAAAACCCCACGCCUGUGGAAAACUAAUGCCUCGUUGGGGAUUUUUUACCGGCACACCAAGUGUGUAUGUGAGAGGAGAUCACUAAUGAGGAUUUCUCCUAUUCGGGAUUGGCCGUUUGAGUCUAGAGUGAACAUCUCUAGAGGCUUCUCCCUUUAAAUAACACACUGCCUUUGACUUACAGCUCUUCGAAGGGAGUUGAGAUUCAGACUUUCUGGUUAAAAGUCUCAGGUCUAGAAUACUGGAGCCCUGAAUUGACCAAUAGAGGUCCAAUGAGUAUGGUUUUGGCAAGGGAAACUUAAUAUUGCUUUGUUAUCUUUCAAGAUUAUGAGAGUUAUACUCUACAUAUUCUAUUUUUUUUUCUUCUUCUUGUGACCAGAGCAUAUGUCUGCAAGGCAGACCAGGAGUGUGGACCUACCCGUGUCUGUCAGAACUUGAAUUCUGAAACGGAGACACUUGGGGCCAAUUGGACUUUAUAAACCGCUAUUGGCUUUCAGCAACAGGAGGAUCACUUGUUGGACUCUUUUCUUAAUUUUUGUUUUUAUUAGAAACUCUGUAACCAAAAAUAUAUAAAGAUUUUUAAGAGGAGGUCUGUUACAUUUUGCAAAAAACAAUGCUAGUUUUUCCCCCCCCCCCAUAUUUGAUCCCUGUCCUUAAU